CAAAAAUUGGAUUUUGAACUACGAAUGAAUCCCCAGAAACAGCUUCUUCUACCAGCUUCGUUACUCUCCUAAAUGGGCAGUGCCACUUGCAGCAAUUUCAGAAGCUCUUCUCUACUUCCAUGGAGACCCUCUUCUCAGAUUUCACACUCUCUCUACCCUUCAAAGCUCAGAUUACCGAAAUUAAAUCGUAUGAACCUGGAUAAGGAUAAUCUGGUGGUCAAUAACGCUUGUGGGUUCAAUGAAAAUGGCCCCCUUAAUUGGUUUCCAAUCACACCCAACAAGCUUUUCAUGCAAGAGGCAAUUGGAGCAGAAUAUGGAGAAGGUUUUGAGACUUUUAGACCAGAUGGGCCUCUAAAGGUUGAUGUGGAUUUUUUGAACGACAGAUUGCAAGAAGGUUUUCUUAAACGAAUACGCUAUGCGAUGAAGCCGGAUGAACAAUAUGGUCUUAUUUUCUCCUGGGAUAAUGUGGUGGCAGAUACUCGAGCUUUAAAGUUGAAUGCUUGGAAGCAGCUUGCCUAUGAAGAGGGAAAGGAUAUUCCUGUAGAUGGUGAUAUGCAAAGACUGAUGCUUCAUGCAGGCGCUGAUCAUGUACUGCAUAAGUUUUUACUCUGGGAUGAAGCAGAAAGUGAACUGGAGAGACUGAAGAUUAGGUUUUCACAGUUAUAUUAUGAGAAUCUUCUCACACUCGAACAACCCAUGGAGGGGCUCAAAGAAUGGCUGGAUGCAGUAUCUACAGCUCGCAUUCCUUGUGCUAUUGUUUCAAGUCUUGAUCGUAGAAACAUGGUAGAGGCCCUUGAGCGAAUGGGGCUCAAGAAGUAUUUCCAGGCAAUUGUAACUGAAGAAGAUGGUAUGGAAUCAAUUGCUCAUAGGUUUCUUUCUGCAGCUGUGAAGCUGGAUAGGAAACCAUCCAAGUGUGUGGUGUUUGAGGAUGACCCUAGAGGCAUAACUGCUGCUCACAACUGUACAAUGAUGGCUAUAGCACGAAUUGGUGCCCACCCAGCGUAUGAUUUGGGGCAGGCUGAUCUUGCAGUUGCUGGCUUUAAUGAGCUUUCGGUGAUCAACCUGCGAAGAUUAUUUGCUAAUAACGGUUCUACGUUCAUGGACAUGCAAAAACAGAUUGUAGAGAAAUCUCCACCAAAAAGGAAGCUCACAAUAGAUACCAUUUUUUGAUUCACUCUACACACUUCCUUCUCUAAAUUUCUCCUUGUAAUUAAGCAGCUGAUCAUUAUUCUCCUUUUGUUUUUUUGGUCUCCUGUGAAAUUUUUUGAUACAAGUCUAAAUAAAUUAGAUUUUAUUCAA